CAGAUUGAGCAAGUUUAAAACAUUGGGUCAGCAUUAACAGUCUGUGUUGGUCUGUGGCGCGGCACGGUCGCAGAAAACGGAGUUUGGAAUACGACCUCUUUGCGAAAAAACGCGCGCGACGGUGUUCCGUUUUUAAAAACUUUUUGGUGUUGAAUUUUGAAGUUCGUGGCUUUGAGUUGUGUUCCUUUUUUGAAUUACAAUAUUGAGAAAAUGGUGGACCUGGCAUCAAACGCCCAAGUGAUGCAGACGAAGCAGGGCGCCGACAUCACGGCCUCGGACAUGGUGGACGAGCGGGAGGCGCUCGGGGAGAGCCAGGUGCAGCAGCUGUUCGUGGGCAGCGCCGUGUUCCUCACGGGAGGCACCGGCUUCCUGGGCAAGCUGCUGCUCGACAAGCUUCUGAGAUCAUGUCCAGAUGUAAAGAAGAUUUAUGUUCUCGCGAGACCAAAGAAGAACAAAGAUUCAAUGAAAAGACUGCAAGAACAAUUCGAAGAUGUGCUAUACGAGAAGCUGCGCAAGGAGCAGCCAGACUUCAUGCAGAAGCUGUCAGUGGUGGAGGGUGACAUCGGGCAGCCCGGCCUCGGGAUCAGCGAGGAGGAUAGAAAGAGGAUCAGCAAUGAGGUAGAGAUAAUAUUCCACGGCGCAGCCACAGUCCGCUUCGACGAGCCGCUGAAGACAGCCGUGGCGAUCAACGUGAGAGGCACCAGGGACAUGAUGAUCCUGGCCAGGUCCUGCGCCAAACUGAAGGCUUUCGUCCAUAUUUCCACGGCUUACAGCAACUGCCCAAUAAUGACAAUUGAGGAGAAAUUCUACGAGAGUGCCCUCCCUGGAGACAAACUCAUCGACCUCAUCGAGACCCUGGAUGAGAAGGUGCUCAACAACAUCACGCCAGGAAUACUCGGUGAAUUCCCCAACACUUACGCUUUCACGAAGCUGGCAGCAGAAAACAUAGUCCUGCAGUACUCAAAGGGCUUGCCUGUAGCCAUGUUCAGACCAGCUAUAGUCAUCGGCACCGCCAGGGAACCCGUGGCUGGAUGGAUUGACAACGUUUAUGGACCAACUGGCGUGGUGGUCGGAGCGGCAGUAGGUUUACUCCACGUGUUGCACGCCAACCCCAACUGCCUGGCGGACUUAGUGCCUGGCGACAUGGUGGUGAACGGCGUCAUAGCCUGCGCGUGGAAGGCUGCCAAGGACUGCCCGAGGAACUACGAGGACGCACCGCCGCCGGAUCUACCGCCACCGGUUUACAACUACGUGUCUUCGGAGCAGAAGCCGCUUACUUGGGCAAAGUUCAUGUACUACAACGAGACCUACGGGCUCGAGGUCCCCUCUACUCAGGCGGUCUACUACUAUCUGUUCAGCCUCAUCACCUCCCUGCCGCUGUACAAACUCUACUGUUUCUUCCUCCACUGGGUCCCUGCCUACAUCGUUGAUGGGAUCCUGGUGUUGAUCGGGAAGAAGCCUAUGUUAAAGAAAGCGUACACGAAAAUCUCCAAAUUCUCCGAAGUCCUCUCCUACUUCUCGACCAAAGAGUGGAAAUUCUACAACAACAAUGUCCAAAACUUAUACAAGGAACUAAAUGAGGCUGACAAACACAUCUUCGACUUCGACAUGUCUGGUGUUGAAUGGAACGAAUAUUUCAACACUUACGUCAGGGGUAUUAGGACCUAUUUGCUGAAAGACCCUAUCGAGACUGUUCCCCAAGGAAUCACUAAGCAUUAUAGGUUAAAAUACAUUCACUACUUUGUCUGCACUGUUCUUGGUUUUAUUGUCUUACGGCUAUUAUGGGGUAUCUUUAGUUCUGUUCUAGGAUUUUAAGUUAGUGUACAGAAUUGAAUGUGUAUAAAUGUGGGUUUUAUGUUAGCACGAGGAAGUUAGUUUUGUAAGUGUCAUCGUUUCAAAUUUGCAUUUUAGAAAUAAAUUAUGUUUGGUUUUCGAUUAGGUAGGUAAAUUUACCUAAUUGCUAAUAAUAUCUACUGAAUUGAAUUGUUUUAACAGACAGGCUUACUGAAUAAAUUGUUUGAAGGUGAUUCAAAUUACGUAAGUAAAAUAAGUUGUUUAAAUGUUGUAAAUAAAUAGAAUUUAAAGGGACUGGUCUGUAUGUUACAAAAAGUCAAUCUUAUUUAUUGUUUUUUAUGUUAAUGCUGAUCUUUCAUUAAUUUUCUUCUCUACUUUAGUACCUACUAGUUUCUGUACUUAUAUUUUACAAUUAUCUUUGUAAGUAUAUUUUGGAAACUUUUCAAUACUUUUUAAUAUCACAAUCUAUCUAUUUAAAAUGUAAAAAGAGAUCUGGCUAUUUUGAUAGGAGUAAGAUGUUAUUGUAUGAUAUUAAUCGCUCAAUUUAUUUAUAUUAAAUAGUGACUAAGUACUUAAGUUAUCAAUUGUGAAUCAUUGUAAUAAAUUUUUGGUAUAAGUACGAUAAGUAUGUAAGUUAAAUAUUUUGUAUCAAAAGUUGAAGUCAAAUGUAGUUUCUUAAGUUAUCUGUAGGUAAUAUUUAACCUAUGAUAUAAUAAAUCAUUUUAUUAUUGUA